UCCACUAUAUAGUGCACUGCAUGUAUCCCACAAUUCACCGCGAAAUGUAGUGAACAUCCGAUGGUCACUAACCGAAGCAAGAUAUCCCAUCAUGCAUUGCCGGAAAUUCUCUGUGCGCGGAAAGUGAAUAUGGCGGACGGACGGGAGACUGUGUACAAAUGGACCGACGACGAUGUGGCAGGAUUAAUCCGCCUGAGGAAGGAAAACGAUCGCCUUUUUUCAGGCAAACGCUUCGCCUCCGCAGCCGGUUGGGAAGCUAUUCUGAAAGAAAUGGGGCUGACGGGCGUGGUGACCCCUGCCCGGGCGGGCAAAAAGUGGGAGAACCUAAAAAAAACAUACAAGGAGCUGAGAAAGCCACCAACAGGGAGUGGCACUGAGUCAGGGGAGUCCACUGCCAGGGAUUGGAAGUGGUUCUCCCUCAUGGAUGAGGCAAUAGGUGGGAGGCCUUCUAUUCGACCUCCUUGUCUUAUUGCCUCAGCCUGGGGGGAGACCCCACCAGUCUCAGCAUCAGCCUCCCCUGAUUCAGUGCCACCAGAGCCAGAGUGUCAGGGUGCUGAGCAGGACUCAGAGUCUGAAGAGCCAGCUCCACCAAAGCGACAGCGGCGUGAUCCAGUUUUAGAACUGUUGGAGAGGCAGGAGAAGAGGGCAGAGGAGAGGGAGAAAAGGGAGGAGGACAGGGAGGAGAGGCUUUUGAACCUCCUUGAAAAAAUAGUAGAGAAAAUGUAAAUUAGAUUAA